AUCUAAGCUAGGUUAGCUAGGCCAGGUGACCUCCAUGGAUUUCACUUUGCCAGCCAUUAUUGUAGCAACUUUGGCUACCACUUGUCUAUUGCUUAUCAUCACUUUUAUCUACAACCUCGUAUUUCACAAAGGGUCGACCCAAAAACCGCCUGAAGCCGGCGGCGCGUGGCCGAUAAUUGGCCAUCUCCACCUCCUGGCCGCCCCUCGACCCACCUUCAAAAUCUUGGCCGACAUGGCUGACAAAUACGGGCCUAUAUUCCGAAUAAGGCUGGGCACGCAACAAGUCUUGGUUGUGAGCGACUCGCGAAUCGCCAAAGAGUGCUUUACAACCAACGACAGAGCCCUCGCAGGCCGGCCCAAGGCCUUAGCCUCGGAGAUCAUAGGAUACAACUACGCCAUGUUUGGGCUGUGUCCCUACGGCGACUACUGGCGCCAUGUCCGCAAGGUUGUGGUGCUCCAGCUCCUAUCCAACCGCCGCCGGGAGGCGCUCAUGCAGGUUUGGGACUCGGGUGUAAGAUCAUUCGCCCAAGAAAUCUAUCGAAGUUGGGCUAGUAAAAUGUUUGGACCAACCCUAAAUCUAGAUAAUGUUGUGAAGCUGGACAUGAAGGAGAUGUUUGGUGAACUACUGAUGGACGUCACAAUGCAGACGCUUUUCGGGCAGCAGUACGAGGAAGAAGGGAGCCGGACAGUGGUGAGGACGGCCAGUCGAUUGUUUAAUCUACUGGGGGUGCCUGUUGUGGGUGAUUAUCUGCCAUGGCUAAGAUGGGUGGACAUUGGAGGACAUGAGAAGACCUUGAAGGAGACAGCCAAAAAGAUGGACAGUAUAGUGGAAGGUUGGCUACAAGAACAUAAAAGGAAAAGAAAUACCAAAUCUAAAGAAGAAGAAGACUUCAUGGAUGGAUUGAUAAACAGUUUUCAUGGUGAUGAUGGGGAUCACAAAGAUGAUAUUCCUAAAGAUUUUGAUGCUGACACAAUUGUGAAAUCUACUUGCAUGGGUAUGCUAUUCGCUGGUACAGACACAACUACUAUAGCAUUAACAUGGGCACUCUCUUUAAUAUUAAACAAUUCUAGUGUGCUAGAGAAGAUCCGAGCAGAACUAGACGUUCAUGUUGGGAGGGAAAGACAUGUGAAUCAAUUUGAUCUAAACAACUUGAUUUAUCUUCAAGCUGUGGUGAAAGAAACUUUACGUUUAUAUACUCCAGGUCCUCUCUUACUGCCCCAUGAAUGUAUAGAUGAUUGCGUGGUUAACGGUUACAACAUUCAAAAGGGUACACGGCUAUUAGUGAAUGUAUCUAUGAUUCAUCGAGAUCCAGAUUUUUGGUCAGAUCCAGAUGUGUUUAGGCCAGAGAGAUUUCUGAAUGAAUGCAAAGACAUUGAUGUUAGGGGCAAUCAUUUUGAACUAAUUCCAUUCGGGAGUGGAAGGAGAGUGUGCCCUGCAAUUUCUUUAGCCCUACAAGUUAUGGAGUUGGUAUUGGCGUGUCUUAUUCAUGACUUUGAUUUAAAGAGAAUUUCUGAUGAGCCUAUUGACAUGAAAGAGAUGGUGGGGAUGACCAACAAAAAGGCAACUCCCCUCCAUGUUUUUCUUACCCCACGCCUGCCUUCGCAUCUCUAUUUGAAAUGAGAGUGAGAUUUGGGGCAAUCCAAUGCCAUUCAUAAAGGUAGGAAAGAAGGGUGUUGACCAUCAAUUCAGAAGAAUGGAUUCAGAUAUCAUAGAACCUAUAAGGCUAUUAGCUACAAUAAUUAGAGUUUAGUCUCUACAUUGUAUUUACCACUUUUCUUUUGCAAUAUGAUGGUGACAUGCGAGAACAUAUGCGUGUAUCUUGUGAACAUUAAUUUAGGGUGUCUUUGGUUGGCAUAUGUAUAUACAAUGUAUUUUAUUUUAUGUGUUAAAAUAAUGAAAUA